AUGAUCUCUCAAAAGGUUGCGCAGCAAUCGCUGCGGCGAUUGGCUGCACCCUCGGCAUUGACCGUGUCAAUGGCCAAGUUCGCUACCCCCGCCGCCAUUGCGACUGGAAGAUAUAUGCAGAUGAGAUCAACAUCAACAACACCCACCACCACAGAUCCCACCAAAAUCCUCGCUGAACAGCGUCUCAAGCGCCCCGUCUCCCCUCAUUUGAGCAUCUACCGUCCCCAAAUCACCUGGUACGCCAGUGCUCUCCACCGCAUCACGGGUUCCGCUGCCUCUGGCGCCCUCUACGCCUUCGCCGCCGCCUACCUUGUUGCACCCGUCUUCGGCUGGCACUUGGAGUCUGCCUCCAUCGCCGCUGCAUUCGGUGCGCUGCCCUUCGCUGCCAAGUUUUUCGUGAAAUUGGGUCUUGCGAUGCCCUUUACCUAUCACUGCAUCAAUGGAGUGAGACAUUUGAUUUGGGAUACUGGUCGACUCUUGACCAAUAAGCAGGUUAUUCAGACUGGUUGGACGAUGAUUGGAUUGAGUACGAUUAGUGCGGUUGCGCUUGCGUUUAUGUAA